AUGGCGUUCGCGUCGCCCACCUACCCCCGUCCUAUCCUGGACACCUCCCAGGAUCAGCAGCAGCAGCAGCAGCAACACCACCAACAGCAACCACAACAGCAUCCGCAUCCACAACAGGGCCAGUCCCAGCCCCAGCAUUAUCAUCAACAAUACCCUCCCCCCCAGCAUAACCCUUAUGCCAAACAGCCUCCGCCUCCGCACUCUCAGCCUCAGCCGCGACAGGAGGACAUUCCCCCGCGUCCACAGCAGGACCUCGGCGAUGCCCUCUCCUACUUCGACAUAAUCAAAACGCAUUACGCCGAAUUCCCAGAUGUCUAUGUCCGCUUCCUCGAUGUCCUGAAGGACUUCAAACAAGGCACGCACGACACUCCCGCCAUCGUCGCCACAAUCGCCAAACUAUUUGCCGACAGCCGCGAACUGGUGGAGCAACUGAACGACUUCCUGCCUGCCGGCUACUAUGUCGAACGCGGCGAUCCCGACACCAAUGUCAUCAACCUGACCAUCCCCGUCGGCCCAAGGCAGUCUCGACAGCCUCCCACUUGGCCCGAUCGAAGCAGCAGUAGUGGUGCCUGGCCGACCCACGCGGCUACUCGCUGGCGCAAUGGAGAUGGUCUGCCUUGGUCGCCGCAAGGGGAGCCAGAAGGGGAGCAGAGGAACCUCGCUCCUGCCGUAUCUCACGAGGAAGCACGUGGCCUUCAUCUACUGGGCGACCUCGCUACACGACCAUCCAUCGCCAGCGCAGCCCGUGAAGCCUUACGAGCCAAGCUGUCACACGAUGCCCAAGUCUACGGCCACCAACCCGAUCACGCCAGCGCCUGGAGCCUAGCAGCCACACCUGCUCCCGGCCUACCAAAUUCCCACAGCGGCCUCAAACGCGAAGCCGGCGCAAUGGACGUCGAUGACCGUCACCCAUCCGGCAACUACUACAACUCAGACGCUUACAACCAGAUGCGCAACAACUCCGCGACCAGCACCACCAACUCGGAAUUCGACAAGUCCGAGCCCCAGUCUCCCACGUACCCGCGCCAACACCCUCGCUCCGACCACGGCAUCUCCUCCCCACGUGCACCCACGUCCGCCAAAGCCGGAAAACGCGCGCCCAGGAAGCGCAGCCUCUCCAACGCCUCCAAAACCGGGCCCGGCGCGAAACCAAGCGCCUACGUGCAACAAAACUCCUCUCGCGCCUUCACCUGUCCCUUCACGGUCUACGGCUGCACCUCAACAUUCGGCAGCAAGAACGAGUGGAAGCGGCACAUCAACACGGCGCACAUGCGCCUCGGCUUCUGGCGCUGCGACAUUGCGCCCUGCGACCUUUCCGAACGCAAGCCGAACGACUUCAACCGCAAGGAUCUUUUCAUCCAGCACGUGCGCCGCAUGCACUCGGGCGAGAAAGACCCGAACGCGCCGCCGCUGUCGAAGUCCGCGGCUGCCAAAGACCCGGAGGAGCAAGCGCUCAACGCUGCGGCGGCGAGAUGCUACCGCCACAUUCGAUCGACGCCGGAGCAGAGCGGGUGUUUGUUUUGCGAUGCCAAGUUCAGCGGAGAGGGGAGCUGGGAUGAGCGCUUGGAGCACGUGGGAAGGCAUAUGGAGAAUGCGAAGAAGGAGAACGAUGAGCUGGUUGGGCCUGAACGGUGGUUGAAGGACUAUGCUAUGGAGGACUGGUUGGCGCGGGAAGGCCUGAUUAUCAAGGUUCCUGGCGCGACUGGGGAAGGGAAUGUGGAGGGUGGUGGAGCGGUGCUGGGUGGUGGAUGGACGCUUGCGGAGGGUGCGAGCGUCAACUAG